AUGGAAAACUCAUCUCCACAGCCGCGCCUGGGCUCAGAACCCGAAAGACGCCCCAAACGACGCAAAGUCGCGGUCGCAUGCGAUGAGUGUCGUGCCCGGAAGAUCCGCUGCGACGGCACGCAACCCGGUACGUGUUCCGUCAACGUUGCCACAUCUGACAGAUCAAAUCCACACUGUUUGUGGUCCAUGUACGAAGCGAUCGGAUACCCGGUGUGUUUAUACAGGCGAGCCGGAGAAAAAAAGAGCCGUGCUUACAUCGCGAGCUUGGAGAACCGAAUCAAGCAUUUAGAGUCUCCAGGAUACAGUCCGACGAAUGGAGGGUCGGAUAGCCGGUUGAGAACAUCAGGCCAUGCACAGGUAGCUAUUACCCUUUCGAGGGAUCCGCACCUCAGGUCCAUUUACGCCAUCGCAAAGUUUACAUCGCGCACGCGAGGAGAGGAACAGUGUCUCUGCAGGCACUGGCCACCGGUCGCCAUCGUGAGAUCCCCCGAACGGCCUUCUGAAGCCGAAGAGCGGGAUGACGGCGUCAAUGCGAUGAUGGGUGCACUUGAAGAGGAGCGCCAGAGUCAAGGAUUUUUUGGCAGUUCCAGUGCCGCGAGCUUCAUGCGACAAAUCAAGACAGCCGUCGACAAGAGGGUUGCGUCACCGCAUCGACAGACAUCUGAAUCGAUCAUGGGUGCUCUGCCGCGGUCGAGUCUUAUGUCUGCAAGGGUAGAGAGACCCUCGGUUGUGUCAAACUAUGUUCUUCCUCCCCGCAAAACGGCAGAUAGCCUCAUGGAUGUCUACUGGUGCUUUGUAUUUCCUCUGUAUCCCUUGGUGGAUAGCAUUCUCCUGCGAAGAGAGUACAGCAAGAUCUGGACCGGAGAGACGCUCGAGUCGGAUGAGAAUAUGCUUAUGUGCACGCUCAAUGUCAUUUUCGCCCUGGCUUGUCAGCUCGCUGAUUUCAUACCACCGGAGGAGCGUGAGGCCUCUGCCGAUGCAUUUUUCUCCCGCGCCAAAGACCUUCUACAUUUCAAUCUCUGGCAUAGUGGAUCUGCUGGCUUGAUCCAAUGUCUUCUCUUAAUGGCUCAGUAUUUGCAGAGUACCGACUCGGCGCACCAAUGUUGGAUUGUGACUGGUUUAGCGAUUCGAAAUGCCCAGAGUUUGGGACUGCACCUUCCACAGACCAUUGCUCGUCUGCCCAGCUUUCAAGAACAACAGCUUGCACGCAAAAUUUGGCAUGGCUGUGUUCUUAUGGACAGAGUCAUCUCUAUGACCUUUGGGCGACCGGCUAUGAUCUCCAAGGCGUCGUGCGGUUCUGUCCCGCUCCCAGCUACUGUAGAUGAGGAAUACAUCCCUGCGGCAGUAGGAGACGAAGCAACCCAACCAGCGGAUCGUCCCUCAGUUAUGGCAUUUUACGCCAAAUCCCUUGAACUAUACGAGAUUCUAAACGACAUACUGCUAAGUCUGUACAAGCCUGUUCCCGAAGAGAAUCCUGAGGAUAUCUACGAUUUCUACUUCAACAAGGAAACAAGCCAGGGCGAGCGGACGAUUUUCGAGCUUGAUCGUGCCCUCACUAAGUGGACUCGUAGUCUCCCACCGCAUUUACGAGGAGAAUUACCCUCACGGCCGGAGAAUGCGGUGUUCUAUCAUCAGAGCGUGGUCCUGAAGGCUCGGUUUCUACAUGUCCGCAUGCUUCUCUUCCGACCGAUCCUGUCGAAAUUCUGCACUGCGCGCGACAUCACCCCCCUUGAUCCACUCAUAUCGCUGGAUUAUUCCUUCCCACAGCGGGUCGCUUUGCAGUGUUCGGUCAUUUGCGUCAAGGUCGCGCAGGAGGUCAUUGAGUUGAUUCACAGCAAUAUCCCGGCCGAUGGGACAAUGGGCCCCCUUCCUGCGUGGUGGUACAAUAUUCUAUCCGCAACCGUCCUGAUAGCCGGUCGACUCCGAUCUGCCAUCCUCGAAGAAGUGACGGGAGAGACGAUUACUAGAUCGUGGGAUUGCGCCCUCGAGAUUCUCCGGAAAUACCAUAGCUAUAGUACGUCCGCUCGUCGAUGCGUUGCGGCCCUCGAGAUCUUAUACGAACGAGUUGCUUCCGAAGAACAGCCGCAGAGUGACCUCCACAAUAACCAGCCUACGGCUUCGAGUGCUUUGAACGACAUGUCGCUCGGCGAGGGAAUGAACGCAUUAAUGUUGGAUGGCCUCGACCUGCCGGAUUUCCAAGAUAUGUCGUGGCUGAACAGCGUGCCUAGUAAUCUCUACUAG